GAGGCAUCGCCACCAUCCCUGUCCACGAGAGCGCAGUUAGCUGUGUCUCAACAGAUGAAACACUUAGGAGUCGACGCUAAACACAAUUCAUUUGCGACCGAAAAUCAAAGCAAAAUUAGUUUAAAUGAUAAAAACUAUAGAAAUAGCACUAAUUGUAGUCCAGUGUCGGAUACUGUGAGCCAGGAGUCAAAGGGAUCGGUAGGUGAGACCAAAACCACACCGUUGUCAACGACAGCAACUAAAACCACUACAACAACCACAACCAACCCUACCCGUGCUGGCGAUCGUCCAAUUAGUUCAAACAAUCACUUGAGAGUACCUAUUGUUGAGCGCAAAGUCACACCACAGCCCACUAGCAAAGCGCCGGUAGCUAAGCCCCGGGAUGACCGCAAACAACAGCAACAAUCGCCCGCAGUAUCGCAGCGGGUGAAGCUGCCAAUGAGUACGGCACCGGUAGUACCGGUAGUGCCACCGCAAGCCCAGGCCAGGGCUCACAAGUCAUUACCACAGCGGCAGCAACAGGGGAACGGCAGCUCGAGUUUGACGGAUAAGGGCUGCCAUUUAGCCACAAAAACAGUUGGCGAUCAAAAAGUGACAGAAAGGCAUACAUUAGUACCGGUUAGUCAAGAAAAAUGCGCUCAAAAUCGUAUUCAUAAUCAUAAUAAUAGGCAACAGAGCCUAUUAUACGAUACGGCCGGCGCCGCACUCCAUAAGCAAACAAACACUGAAAAUAAUAGCCACGAGUUUGACGAGAAUAAUACGGAAAUUGAAAUUUUAAAGUUUAAUCAAUUGAGCAAAACUUUGACAGACAGUAGCGGUAGUGGUUGUGAUAGAAAUCAGUCGACGAAUGACGAUAAUAGGGAUAACAGCGCUCGCAGUGACCGGUAUUUGAGCGCAAACCCUGUGGGCGACGGAAUCAAAUCCGCGAAAUCCAUGUCCGACAUCGACGGUGACGACCAGUGCUCGCCAUACCAUACCGGCGCCACCAAACUGAACCCAUUCCUGUGCACCAUAUCCAUCAAAAACGGGUCCAACAACCGGAUCAUCAAUCAGACAAACAUCGAGACCAACGUCUGCGAGACGUUGGCGGCGAGUGUCGGCCCCUUCGAGUCGAUGGGUUCGUCCAACUCGUCCUCAUCGCUGUACGACUCGGGCGCCCAGUCCUCCACUGACUCCCUAUCCCUGCACACGGAGUCCACGCUCAAGAAGUUCGGCAGUGAGUCGCCGAUCACCGUCUUCUACACCGACCCCAACGACAAGAUUGUGAUAAACGUGUCGUCCGGUGGCGACGGCGGCGAUGAUCAGCGGUUUGUCGACGCCAUGGAUGAGCACAUCUACGAGGAGUUGGACACGGAAUCCAUUUACGUGGACACCGACGCCAGUCUGGCGAACGCGAAGUCCAUAUUCGACGGCGCGUCCAAAGACGAGAUCCUGGAGUUCCUCGAAGACGCCAAAGAGCGAGUGGGCGAAGACAUUCUGGUGAUGGGCGACACCGCCAUCAUCGACGCCAACAUCGAGAUCCUCGAAGCCAUUGAUGUGAUCGAAGACAUGGCCGACGAGAGUCCAGUGAUUACCGCCAAACACACGGACAGCACCGGCCUGUCGAGCAAUAGGAGGAACCGGACGUCAAAUGUGAGCAACUCGUCCACCGAGUCAACGGCCACCACCACAUCGAGCUCUAUGGACAUGGAGGACGACCUACUCAAGUGUGCCAUCACUAACUCGGCAUCAGUGGGACAGUUGGUCGAGCGGAACGACUCGGGCGUCGGCGCCGAGACCAGCAAACCGUCGCGACUCCGGAAACUGAGCCUUAAUGACGAGGUGGAGCACCAGUGCGCCGACUGCGAGAUGCAUGUGGACCCGUGCGAGGACGAUGAGACGGGUCUAUUACAUUACCCCCUAUUCUGUCACCGGUGCGACAAAAAGCGGUCGGAGCGCAAAGAGAUCAUCUCCGAGAUCGUGGACACGGAGUUCAAGUACGGCCGCGACCUCCGCAUCAUUCGCGAGGAGUUCUACCGGCCCAUAGAGAUCGCGGGCCUACUGAGCCGGGAACAGCUCCGGGGCGUGUUUCUCAACCUGGAUGAGCUCAUUCAAGUGAACUCCAAGUUCUCAGAGAAACUCCAGGACGCCAUCGAUAUCGCCACUGAACAGGGAGAUGAGGACUUCACGACCGUCAACAUCGGCAAACUGUUCCGGGACUCCUCGGCGAUGCUGCACUCGUUUGAGGUGUAUUGUGUCCGUCAGGGGUCGGCCGCCCUCCUACUGAACCACUUGGAAAAGGAGAAGGAGUUGUUGAGGAUAUUCCUCCGGGUCUCGCAAAUGGAGAACACAUUACUCCGGCGGAUGAAUCUCCGCUCGUUUCUCGUGGUCCCCGUCCAGAGAGUCACUAAAUAUCCAUUACUACUGAACCGUCUCUACAAAGUAACGCCAUAUCAUCACAGAGAUAGGGAAGCCCUAAGAGAAUCUCAACAGAAAGUGGAACUACAUCUCGAGCACAUCAACCAGCAGACGAAGGGUACGAUCGGCGCCACCACCAGAAUCUGGCGGCGCAUCUCAAACCUGUCGACUUCACACCGGCGGCUCAACAGCGCCGACGACAUCGGCAACAUUAAGCUCAGAAAGGCUGCGCUCGAGAUCCUGAAGUGGAACCAAGAGGAGACCCAAUUCGUGAUAAUCGGCAAAGUGUUGUUCGCGUCGAUCACCGACUAUACGGUGAACCGAAAGGCCAAGACCAUGAAGUUCCUAACGGCCAGCGCACUGCUCGUCACACUCGGCCGACCCAACCAUCACUAUCGGCCCGAUUUAGUCAACUCGAUGGACGCCGACAAGGAUAUGGUGUUCCCCAGAGAUAACACCGGCAUUAACGACAGCGUACUGUUGCUCAUUAAGGAGAAGUUGGGCCGGUAUGCGCUCUGCAAGGAGAUAAUGAACCUGAAGUCGUGUGUAGUGAGCAGUGAGAGCGAUGGGGACGACAUGUUUGAGAUUCACGAGCAGAUCACCAAAGAGUCGCUACUAUUCAAGGGCGAGACGUUGACGGAGACCAAGGACUGGUUGAAACAGUUGAGGUACCACUCGAAAGACCUGGGCAAUUGGCGCCGUAGGCGUAACGCCCUGGCCAACAUUAUGAUGGUUAGGCAGUAG